CACACAGCCAGCACAUUUUUCACGCCGACGACGACGACCACGACAUUCGACAGCUUGUUCGCGUUCAGGAAAGUUGGAUCUGUAGCAAGCAGAGAAAAAAAGGGGGAGGUGCGCAAACAUCGGCAAAUCCGUUUAUUUUCGUUUUGUUUUGUUGCCAUUAUACAUCGUUUCCAUCAUAAUACACACGUCUUCGAUCACGACUUCUACGACUGCUGGUCUCCACGUGAGGAAUUGCGUGUGAGUGUGACUUUCGCUGGAAAGACCAACCGCAGAGCACGCGAGACGCGAAGAGGAACCUCCAGCACGACGACGACGACACCUCGAGCCACGAAUCAAUCAGAACUUGGAACACACUAGUUAGUCUUGCUUCGCCGUAGUCAGUGGUGAAAAUCGAUAACUGACUUGGGAGGAAUUCCUUAACGAAAACUUGGCGGUUCGGACACCAAUCACUAAGUUGAAACGUAGCCAUGGCACAAAUGGGAAGAGCAGUCAAGAAUCUUGAGCCACCGCGUCCACUCAAGUCAACGCUGAAACAGAGCCAUGUGCACGUGCCCGUGUACGAGGUGCAAUCAAUCGAAGAGCUAAUCACGCUGACGGAGAACGUAGCUGCCAGUUUGGCCAACGGUUGCAACAAUGCCGAUGGCAUGAAUGCACUGCUCGCGAAUCUCCGACUGCAUGGACCACAGCUGGAGAACAUCUCCAAGGAUACGCUCGAUCGUGCCUUUGUUAUCUUUCGAAACGCCUCACAAGACGAACGGCUGAACAUCAUGACUCGGCUGAAUCUACUGGAGCUGAUUGAACUGCGCGCCAAGUCGUGGCAGGUAUCGGACGGCACCAACACAUACUACAAGCACAAGGCAACCAAUGUCGAGCCGGAUGCCAUGGGUGAUCCAUCUUUGUUGAGCACCUCCCCGCCUGGACUGUCCCUCGGGCAGCAGGUUAUUCCCUCGUUGUCCCCCGGUGAGUUGAUCCGCACCUCGGGCAAGUUCCCGAAGCCGACCAAAAUCCCCGGCAAGACGUACUCCAAGGACGAAAUCGUCAUCCGCAACGCCGACUCGGGAAAAGUUAUGGGAAUCAAGGGACGUAGAGUUCACAUGAUUGAGGAAUUGAGCGAGACGGUUAUAUCGUUCCAAAGAGUGAACCCGGGUGCCAAGGAACGGCUUGUUCAAAUCACCGGUCCCAACGAGGAGAAGAUUAACUACGCGAAGCAACUAAUCGAAGACACAAUCCGCCGGAAUGCCUCUCCGGUGCGCUUGGAAACCUCUCAGGACGGGUCGUGCAGUUCGCUGGCUUCGUCGGCUUCCGACGAGAUUAUCCACCCGAGACGUUCGCUUUCGGAUGCCGCCGUAAUGCCGAGUGCUCAACGCGUCUCAAUGAUGGGCAAUCCCAACGGAGCUGUUUCCUAUGUGCCAAAUCAGCAACAGUCGCCGGCUGGACUGAGUUUGAACCUGAGCAGUAAUGCAAUGUACCAACAGCAGACCCAACCGCAGUACACCCACCCCAAGCUCACCCGAAACGGCUCCCAGAACAAUGGCCAACAGGCUGGACUGUUGUUGCACAGUUUUUCAACGAACGAUGCCUCGCUUGGUGAAUUCAAGUAUACCGUCAAUGUUGGAAGGCACAGCAUCAAGAUCACCGGAGAUUGCUUCGACUUAGUGAGGGUUGCUAAAUUGGUGCUGGACGACUAUUUCAGUAGUAACGAAUUCCUGGCAUCGGUCGAGAUGGGAGCCAGUUUUGAUUUGCCAAGCUCGUUAGCAUCGCCAGUAACGCCGAUGCCCGGUCAGCAUCAACUGAUCACCGGAUCGCCCUUCGUGGACAGCGGCGUCGGUUUGGAUGCGAUGGCUGGCGGAAUGGGAUCGAUGGGCGGCAACUGCAUUGAAGUCGACGACGAUGUCUUCAUCGUCGAGCCACCAACUCUUGGUGGUGGGGGCGGUCUGAAAUCGGGCGAUAGCUCAAGUUCUUCCAGCUCGACGUUGGUAACAUCUACGCCGGCGAACAACGGACUGAGCCGUUCGAGAAGAAGCCAUUUCUCGCGAAAAGACAGCGCACCGGAGGGUAUUAAGGAUGGCGCUGGCGCCACGCCAACAUCGAAGGACGAUUCUACUCCAGUGAGAAUCGUUCACGAAUACGAACGUUUGAUCUACUACUCCAAAUCUCCCCACUCAUGGGCUCUGCCACGUGACUGGCUGAAGAUCUGCGACAAACUACCCUAUCUAGUACGAAACAAGGAUAUCAGUGACGAAAAGAACCGCUUCAAUGGUGAUAGCUUCUUGGAAAUGAAGUACCAAUCUGAAGGUGCGACCGCUAGCAGUAAUCAGACGACAGAUUCCACGGAUGCUACCACGGAACAGCAACAGGCAGGAGACUCGGCCAGCAAUGGAGAUGCCUCGACGACGAACGCCUCAGGAGAACAAGCAUCUGAUGGGUCGUCUCAGCAACAACAGCAAGAUGGACGGAAGUGAACGAGAGCUGCUUGUUGAUCUCCGAUGGGCUGAUUACAGAAUUACGUAUACAAUAAUUAUUCUAUUCAUGUACUACUGCUAAUACUAAAGUUAAAGUCUAACUUUUGAUAUGACUAUUUUUGUAACAGUAGCCAUUAGUUGUUAGUAUGUAGUUACGAAGAAGGGAUUCAAGCAGCUAAAGAUACUAGCGUUUAACCUGGAAGCUAUCGUUCGUAUAAUCGAUCCAUGCUAAAGAUGGAACUUCUUUUCGUAUAUAGGAAGAAAAAAACAUAUUUGCUAUUAUCUAGCGAGCCGAAACGGUAGCCUUUGAACUGGUACCAAACAUCAUAUCCCCUUCCAGAAAAUGAGAUUAACCAAAACUCGAAACGUAGGAAGCACUGGAAGUGUAAUCUUUUUCGUGAAAUCGAAAAAGAAAUUCGACCACAGUGAGAUCAUAUUUAACAUUUAUACUAAAAGAAAAUCAAUCUCUCUUAGGAUUAACUCACUUCAUCUAACAAACAAGCAACACUCUCACCCAGAACUCAUCGUGAGUCAAUCUGCGGAAUUCCAUUUCAUCACUCGGAAUGUAUAAUUCAAAACCCUGAGCAUUGCGCCGCCCACUGUGUAUUAACAACCGUCUAGUCCAAAAAAGCAUCACCCAAAACCGAUAAUGUUCGGACGUAUUUAAAAGAUUUCAUUCAGUUUUGUUGAACAAAUCACACCCCUAAUCCCCUUCCUUAUCCAAAAUGAUGUUGGACUCCCCAUAAGUGCUGUUGAUUUGUUUUUGAUAAUUUAUUUUUCACGCAAUAUAUAUCUGUUUUAUUUAUGAACAAUUAUGUCGAAACACAAUGUUAUUUAUUUUGUUCUUUAUUUAUUAACAUAUUUAUGAAACCCGCGAAGAGCAGCUUCGAAUGAAAAACUUUGUUGAGAUUCUCAAGCAAUAACCCAGAUGCAAAAGCAAUCAUUGUAACGACCGUACUGAACAGAGUAUAAUCGCAUGUUAGUUUUUCAGGUAAUGUGUUUAACACAAUAUUCGUACAUCCUUUUUGUAAAGUCCUAGAGAAAAGAGAGAAACUACGCAUGUCUUUAAGAUUACUAACCAAUCAAAAGUAGGAAAAGAAUCAGAUAUUAACCGAUUCCCCAUUAUUAUCCGAUGAACUUAUACACGUAUUUUAACAAUAGUAAAGUCGAGAAAAAUU